AUCGUUUGAGCCGAUUGUACCAAGAGUACCACUUCGAUAAACAUGAUUAGAUAUUAUACAGAUGAUUAUGGAAGCUAGAAUCCAUUAUAUAUAUUUUGUACAGAAUUUCUAUUGGAUCAGUACGCGUGAAUUCUUCUGUGAAGCUUAGACUAAUUUGGGCAAUGUAAUGUAAUUGGAAAAAGAGCGAAUUUAUGUUCAAUUAUUGACAUUCUAUUGAAAUUUUUCGGAAAUGUUGCUACCAGUGCGAAUCGUCACUAUGUUGAUGGUCUAUAUAAUCACUGGUUUACACUGUAUAUACGCGUAUAAGGAAAACUACAAUUGUCAAAUUCGUACGCGAAAUGGAAUAGUACGAGGAUUGGACAAAGUGACAUAUCGCAAUGGAAAACAUUAUUGUUCUUAUACAAGGAUCCCGUAUGCUCUACCACCUAUUGGCCGUCUAAGAUUUAAAGAACCAGUGCCAAUGAUACCGUGGAACGGAAUUUUGGAUGCCACCAGUGAUGCUGAGCAAUGUCCACAAAUUGAUCCGUUUAUAGAUAGAUUUAAGGGUGACGAGGAUUGCCUUUAUGCAAACGUUUACACGCCACAGGUAGGAAAAAAUAUGACAGAUCUGUUACCAGUGUACGUGUGGAUUUUUGGCGGGGCUUUUGAAUAUGGUUCAGCCGAUUCGUCAUUUUUCGGUCCUGACCAUCUCCUCGACGAAAAUAUCAUUCUGGUGACGUUUAAUUAUCGAUUGGGUCCCUUUGGAUUUUUGAGUCUUGGGACUAAAGACUAUCCUGGCAAUGCUGGCUUGAAGGAUCAAAGGUUACUGCUUUGUUGGGUUCAGGAAAAUAUCCAAGUUUUUGGUGGGGAUAAAAGAAUGGUUACCAUUGGUGGAUGGAGUGCAGGUGCAGCCAGUACUGUAAUUCAUAUUCUAUCGCCUAGUAGUAGAGGUUUGUUUCGUCACGCAAUUGCGCAAUCAGGUACGUCCUUGAAUCCUUGGGCUGUAAGUCCUGUGACAGAGGCACGAAGAAGAGCAUACCUCCUUGGUAGAGCCAUGGGAGUUUGGACCCGCAGCGACAAACAACUUUUGAAAAGACUGUAUAGAGCGUCAACUGAGGAAAUAAUAGCUGCUGCAAAAAAAGUGACAGUCGUCGACCUGGCAUUCAGACCAACAACUGAGCCGACCGGAACUCCAGGAUCCAUUCUUGAGGAGUGCUCCUUUGAUAUACUGCGCGAAGGACGAUUUCCAUCGGUUCCAUUGCUUUUGGGUUUCAACAAGGAAGAGGGUAUUUACCCACUGGCAGUAUUCAACGGAUUUACCACUUUCGCCCGAAAGAUCGAAGACACGGCCCUGAUUGGCGGUCUGCCCGGUGGGACAGUUUGGGGAAAUGCUUUUUCACGAAUAAGACAUUUGCUCGAAGACACCAUUGUCGAAGCUAGCACGAGUUUAUUUUUCGUUCCUGGCAUUCAGCAAACGGCGAAGCUUAUUUCCCGAAAGGCGCCAGUCUUUUUGUACAAGUUUAUGUACAAUGGCAAAGGCGGCAUACACGAUGAAGUGUAUCGCACGAAGAUUCAUGGUGUCGCUCACGGAGACGAAAUUCCGUAUGUAUUUAAGACAAUACUUGCCGAGAAUUAUGCUCCUAAUUCGAGAGAUGAAAUCACGAGCAGACGUCUUGCUAGGUUAUGGGCGAAUUUUGUGAAACACGGAAAUCCAGUACCCACUCAAAAUGACGAACUUCUUAUCAGCUGGCCAAGGUACACGGAGCAAUAUCAGGAUUACUUAGAAAUUGGUGAUGAUCUUCGUACCAAGAAUUAUGCUGCCAAUGAAGCUGCCAGUUUUUUGGAAAAUUAUAUUCUGGGACAGCCCAAAGGAUACUGCAGACUGAGCAACGUCAUAGCGAAGCUCCCUUGAAGGCUGGAAUUUUCCAUGAAUAUUCUGGCAAAGGUAUUAUAAAGAGUAUCGAAAUGAAAUCUUCGCGUUGGAUUUUGUCCUUUGAACUCUGAGUGUAUGAGGUCGACGGAAAUGCAUUAUUAAAGAAGUCAAAGAAGGCUGCGGUUGCGACGACACUAUGUGAUAUUGGGCUUACGUUUUUUUUUUUUUUUUUUUUUUU